GUUUUGUUUCUCUCGUUUUUAGAGUCCGAAAAGCAAUGGCGAGCUUGCUUCGGCUCUGGCACGGGCUCUCUAUGGUGCCGCUACUCUCCUCUGACCCGGCCUCACCGGAACUCCUCUUCGAUCGGAUUCAUGUGCUUCCGGAGAAACUUCGUCGUUGCUGCCCUUACUCUCCUCUGACUCGGCCUCACCGGAACUCCUCUUCGAUCGGAUUCACGAGCUUCCGGAAAGGCUUCGUUGUUGCGUCUGCUUCUUUUGACAGUGAAAAUCGAGAGUAUGUGAUGGCUUAUGGCAGGCUCUGUGUUGUGACUAAAAGGUGAUUUCAUGGAUGUUUCACAUUUUCUGUGUGUUAGAUCCUAUUGAAUUUAAAAAGUUUCCGGUCUGUUGUUUCCAAAUUCUGAUCUAAUUUUGCAGCCAUAUCCGCCAUAUGAGAGACCUGCUUUGACAAAAGGCUAUCUGUUCCCUCCACACAAGAAACUGGCACGAUUACCAGUAAAUAUCAGCUUAAUGUUUCUUGUCUUGUUGUUUCUAUAUUCCAAUUUGCUAUUUGCUGCCUGUGAGUCAAGUUGAUUUUGUUGAUAUAGAUGCAUUUGCAAUUAUGAGAUUAUGCCUGUUAGUUAAGUCAUUGUCAGCAUUUCUUUUCCUCUUCAGGUUAUAUGAUUAUGAAUUGGAAUAUUUUGUGAACUGAGUUUGUUGAUGAUUGGAAGUUUUUAUUUAGUACGUUUCUUAUUUUCAUGAUUAUGUUAUUAAGUUUCUGUUUUGAUAUAUUUUUUUCAUGGUUUUCAUACUUGUGUUGGGUCUGGUGGUGAGAGGCAAACUCCUAUGUGGUCUAAGGGAAAGGGAUUGAGGUCCUCUUUCUUGCGCCUUUUUAUUUGGCAAAUAUUGACAUUGUGUGCAUUGAAGUUUGGGUAGGUCACAGUAGUUUAAGGCUCUGAUAAUGAAUGGUUGCUGAUCAU